AUGCAUGUGGACCCCGACAGUGACUGUACUGCCGAUGCUUCCCCAGCUUUCCCUUCGGACCGGUGGCCAUUCAGAACCACGCUGAUCGCUCGAGGUCAUCGCCGUUAUGAAGUUUUCGAGUGUGAGGAAUUCUGGGAGGACUGGAAGGUCGCAAAUACUGGAGAGCCAAAGACGAAGAUUGUUACCAUACUUAAUGAAGAGCCGGUGAGUUCUGGGGACUUUGGCAAAGUGAUCGACAGUGAACAGUUUAGCCCUGAAUAUAUCCUUCCUGAAGAAGCUCGUGGUUCUGAGGAUGUUGUCUUUGCCCCGUUGUACCCUGAGCCGGUUCAUGAAGCACCUGGUGUUGAAGUGCCAGCUCAGGUUGCAGCACCACAUGAUGGUGCGCAAGAUGGUGGAGAUGGGCCUGAAGAACAAGGCCAAUCUGCAGCUCCAGAUGUGGGCUCUGGUGUGCAAGCAACUCUGACAGUCAAUGGGGUUGAGCUGUCUUCGGAGUCUUCGCUUAGGGUGUUGAGAAGAGCUUGCGAGUUUCUCAAGAUCAGCAAGAGUGGCAGCAAAGCAGUGGUUUGGCGUAGGUUGCAAGCUGAAGUUGCGGAGAGCCAGUUGCGCAGUUCGGUACAAGCGUCGCAAGCUGUCAUGGAUGCUAUGCGCCGUGAGCCUGAAGUUGAAGCAGCCAGUGAACGACCGGACGAUGCGGCAGUGGUUUUGCGUGGAAUUACCCACUGCCCAAGACAAUCAUGGUGCAGUGCUUGUGUUGCAGCAAGGAGUGGAGAACAUGAUCAUGGCCCCAGCGUUCCCAAAGAGAAUGGAGUGAUGCAUUUCGAUUUCAUGUUUAAUCGGACCGAUGCCCCUCAAGGAGAGCCUGAGCACCCAAUGGCAGUGCACAUUGUUAUGGUCGAUGAGGAGACAAACUUUGUGCAGUGUGUUCCCGUAGAGUCAAAGAGUUUGGAGCAUGUGAGGACAGCGGUUGAGGAGGCCGUGAAGAUGGCCUCUUCGUUGGGCCACAAGGACCUGACGGUGAAGGCUGACAGCGAGCCUGCGAUGAAGGCUUUUGUGAAGGCCCUGAUGGAUGCAAGGACCCGUCUGGGAUUGUCAACAAAGGUUAGCUAUGCGCCUUCUGAUUCACGAUUGCACCAAGGUUUGAAGGCGGAGAGGUUCAUUGGCAUUAUUCGUAGGUUAGGAAAGACCCUCGUGAAAACCAUUGAAGAGCACACUGGUUUGCAAAUUCAAAGUGGGCAUCCUGUAUUUGUGUGGGCCUUUCGGCAUGCUGGUUUUCUUUACAGUCGUUUUCAUGUGCAACGAGAUGGCAUGACUGCGUUUGAGCUGGUGCACAAUCGCAGUUAUACUGGCAAACUAACUCAGUUUGGUAGCUUGGUUCUCGCUCAGUACUUGCCGAUUUCAAGUGCCAAAGGUAGCAGCUGGAAGCGUUGCAUCUUCUUGGGCAAGUCGACUCUGGGUAACUUAAAUAUUGUUGCUGAUGCGACUGGUGUGCAUCAUGCGCGGACCAUGAGGAAAGGUGCCCUGGGUUUUGAGAGCGAGGCAGUGUUGAAUGCAAAGGGUGUUCCAUGGAAUGUGUCAUUGGAUGUUUUACCAACAAAGCGAACAAGAGCCCCGAGGGUGAGAGCACCAGCCUUGAUUGAGCCAGAAGAUCCGGUGCCAGGCCCGGGUCCCGAUGAGGCAGCUAGUGAUCCUUCCUCUAGCGCAGUGCAUAGUAGCAGUGGAGAUGCCUUGUCUAUGUCAAUGGGGGGACCGCCUUCCUCUGAAGAGCUUCUCCCGGACAGUGCGAUGCUAGAUGCUCUGGUGAACAAAGUGAAUGCAGAAGGUGAUUGUUUUACGAGACGAGUUCAAGAAGAUCAGCCUUGUGGUCACGAGCCGGAAGUGAUCCCGGACACAGAGAUGGAUCUGGUUGAGCUUGAAGCUCCUUGGUGUAAAAGUGAACCUGUGGUAGAUGAUGAAGCACAACAAGCAACCAAGGCAUGGUCUAGUCGGCGAUAUGAGGAUGGACCCCCAAACCUAUCUCCAGAAGAACUCUUGAAGCUUGAUCUUGCAAUGGACAAGUUGGAGAUCCGACGACUUUUGUCGUUAGGGGUUCUAAGGAAGAUUGGUCAUCGAGCUGAUGGUGGUGCAAGUCUUUCCACCGGGAAGGAUGCGGAAAUGUGGUUAAGUGGAGACGGAGACUCCCCACGAAUGUCAAGCAAGUGGCGAGGCGUGUGGCUGAGCUCAGUGGGCUCAGGGCUUGCAAGCAGUGUAGACCGUGAGCCGGGAACCGAGUAG